CGGUGCUCUCUGCUCUGAGGCACAUUUAACUGUGAAGUUUGCAGCGGGAGAGGCUUUCCUUCAAGCUGUUAGUGUUUUAUCCUGGCAGGCUCCUCGAGGUUGUUGUGAGGAGUCUAGCCAGUUGGUGAGCUUUGUAAUCUAAACCAGCUGUCCCAGGCUGAGGCCCCCAUUUGCAUUGUUUAACAUACUUAGAAAAUGAAGUGUUCAUUUUUAACAUUCCUCCUCCAAUUGGUUUAAUGCUGAAUUACAGAAGAGAACUAAGCAAAACCAGGUGCUUUCUCUGUAUUCUCUCCAGUGUCUGAGGAGGUACAGACGGCUCCCGAUCUUCUCCAUUACUUGCCAUUUCAUUCUUUGGACUAUAAAUGACAGAGGAACUGAAGCGCUAGCAGAGGGUAAUGUUUGGAAAACUUUCUAGUUAUUCAUCAGCACAGACUCUGGGUUUUUUCCACCUUUCCCCAACGGUUUUGGACAUGCAAGGAUUAAGAAGGAUACUGACUGCUUUCACACUGGCUGUCUGCCUUUCAAGCCCUGGAAAAGCACAGCAGCAAUGCACUAAUGGGUUUGACCUGGACCGUGCCUCUGGGCAAUGCUUAGAUAUUGAUGAAUGUCGGACUAUUCCUGAGGCCUGCAGAGGAGACAUGGUGUGUGUCAACCAGAACGGCGGCUACCUAUGCGUGCCCCGAACAAACCCGGUGUACCGCUCGCCCUACCUGAGUCCUUACUCCAACGUGUAUCCCCCGCCCCCCGCCCCCGGCCCCGGCCCCAACUACCCCACUGCCACCCGACCUCUCAUCUGCCGCUUCGGCUUCCAGCUGGAUGAAAACAAUCAGUGUGCUGAUGUGGAUGAAUGUGCUUCAGAUUCUCACCAGUGUAACCCCACCCAGAUCUGCAUAAAUACUGAGGGGGGCUAUACCUGUUCCUGCACUGAAGGCUACUGGCUGUUAGAAGGCCAGUGUUUAGACAUAGACGAAUGCCGCUACGGCUACUGCCAGCAGCUGUGUGCCAACGUGCCCGGCUCCUACUCCUGCACCUGCAACCCGGGCUUCACCCUCAAUGACGAUGGGAGAUCCUGCCAAGAUGUGAAUGAAUGUACAAGUGAAAACCCUUGCACUCAGACUUGUGUCAACACCUAUGGCUCUUUUCUCUGCCGCUGUGAACCUGGCUAUGAACUGGAAGCUGAUGGAGUUAACUGCAGUGACAUGGAUGAAUGCAGCUUCUCAGAGUUCCUCUGCCAGCACGAAUGUGUGAACGGGCCUGGCUCUUACUACUGUACCUGUCCUUCGGGCUAUAACUUGCUUGACGACAGUAGAAGCUGCCAAGAUAUCAAUGAAUGUGAAAUCAGAAAUUUCACCUGCACUUCACAGCAAACAUGUUUCAAUAUCCCAGGAGAAUAUAAAUGUUUAGACCCAGUACGAUGUGAGGAGCCUUAUCUCCAGAUUAAUGAGAACCGCUGCAUGUGUCCCGCUGAAAACCCUGGGUGCAGAGAUCAGCCGUUCACCAUCCUGUACAGAGUGAUGGAUAUGGUGUCUGGGAGAUCCGUGCCUUCGGAUAUUUUCCAGAUGCAAGCUACAACUCGCUACCCUGGAGCCUAUUACAUCUUCCAAAUCAAAUCAGGGAACGAGGGCAGGGAAUUCUACAUGCGGCAAACGGGACCCAUCAGUGCUACCCUGGUGAUGACCCGGCCCGUGAAGGGGCCCCGCACUGUCGAGUUGGACUUGGAAAUGAUCACUGUUAACACCGUCAUCAACUUCAGAGGAAGCUCCGUCAUCCGGCUGAGGAUAUUUGUAUCACAGUACUCCUUCUAAACCUCCAGUUUGUGCCCUGGAAACAUUCAGCCAAAAGAGACAGUUCCUCCUCUGCAGAACUCUCUCCUCAAAAGCCAGUACCCAUAGCAGCUCCAGACCGCUCUUUCCACAGAGCCGGUGACCUAUGCCUGUCUAGAGGCCUCUUCAUGCACAGUCCCGACCAGGAUGCAAACAUCUGAAGAUCCCAUAUGAUUGUCUGUGUGGUCAUGUAUUUUAAGGAUUCUUCUUCUCACUGUAAGCACUUCUAGGGCAUGAGUCUAUGUGAAAGACUGUGAACCUUUGUAGCUCCAAGGCUGCUUAGCAGAAAGCACCAAAAAAACUGAGGAAAAAGCUGGCUUUUGCAAUCUUGCCUUUUUUAACUUUUUUUUUCAUUAUAAAUGAAAAGCAGACAAACAAGCAGAAACAGAAACAAAAAACGCACCUAUUGAAACAAGGGACCUCAGGAGUCCUAAUUUGCAUUCCCAAUUGUCUCUGGAAUUAUCAGUCAGGCACUUUGUUUCAAUUCACCCUGCAUUUGUUUUAGUUUCACCUGGUUUUUUUCACUCUAUUUUAUAGUUAAAAUUCAUUGUAAAUUUAUUCCAAAAAAAUGUGUUGUACUAUGUAAUCUUUUGCUUUCUGACAAAGUGUCACAUAUUUGGGUUCCUUUCUGUAUUAAAUCUUUCUAUAUAACAGAGUUCAUAGAAAUCUAUCACUGGAUGGUGUGUUUUACAACAUUGAGGAUUUUAUGCUUAUUUACACUCAAGAUUUUUGACAGGCCUCCACUGCCAGAAUAUUGUCCAUCAUAAGUAAGGACUUUAGAGCAGAUAAGAAUCAGAAUUCUAUUUUUCCCUGUUUUCCUCAGUGUGAUAGUUGCAAACAGUUUCUAAUGGCUACAAGGUAGUAAUACUAACUCUGCAGGUAUGGCUGCAAUUAAUCUCCUGUUCAAAGACCACUGAGGUCCGAUCUGUCCAAAUUCCUUCAGAAAAUAUUAAUUGGUUUUUAGUUGGUUUUUUUUUUGGUUUGUUUUUUUUUUUUUCACUUGCAAUCUCUCUCCUACACUUCUAACAUGGAGGGAAAUAGCUGAAAAGGACUAGGAGCAGUCUUAUUCAUGCUUCUACCACAAAGCAGUCCAGCCUAUAUCAGCACCCCAAUCUCAAGUAGUGGGAUCCCACAGUUUUCAUGGGCAUUGUCUUCUCAGGUAUAACUGCUGUAACCAAAAAAAGAGUUUCUUCUAAAGUCUAAUCUGAAUCUCCAUUGUAAUCUGUUGCUUUUUAGCCUACUUCCAGUAGAAAUUGAGAACAGUUUUUCUUCCCCUUUGCAGCAGUCUAACGUGUCUGAAGACUGUUGUCAUGUCUCCCCUCAGACUGUUCUUCUCUAGUCUAAACAAACCCAAUUCUUUUGGUCUUUCCUCAUACAUCACAUUUUCUGGACCUUUGAUCAUUCUUGUUGCUCUCAUCUGGAUUCUCUCCAGUUGGUUCACAUCUUUUUUGAAGCACAGUGCCCAAAACUGUGAAAAGUAUUCCAGCUGAGGCCUCUCAGUGCUAAGCUAAAUCUAUACAUAUGUUUAAUAGUUUGAAAAAAAAUUUUAAAAUUGUAUAGUUGGAAGGUAUAAUGCGUGUUAAAGCCACUGGCACUUUGGUCUUUAUUUUAAUAGGGAUGAGGAUUUACAUGCCUUGUUCUUAAAUCUGUUUGAAACAAGCUCUUUUACUUUGUUUUUCCUUACUGGCUUUUUGGGUCUCUAGCAUUGCUAGGACAGGAAGGAUAACCUUUGCUUGUCUUUUGAGAACUUUUGAGUGCUACUUGGGAGAGGUUUGCAAAGACUAUGAUGUGAGCAAGUAGGAGCAGAGUAGCAAUGUGAGGUCAUUAAAGCGGAGUAUUAAAUGGGAGAAUACAGACUUGGAAAGUUAUUACAAUAUAGACUGCAUGAUACAAUCAGAAAACUGCCUCUUGUUCCUAGUAAGAUUUGUGAAUUAGUAGAAAUUCUGCUCUUUUUCCUUGUACUCAGCUUGAAGGAAGCCCUGAUGCUCUCAUCAAUGAAACACUGAGUUUAGCAGCUUCCGUUUCUUAAUGGUUUAAAGGCUUUCUCUCUGCUGCUACAACAUCCCAGGAUGCUGUGGCUCAGAGCUCUGUCCUUUUUUGUAAAAACAAAAAGGCUGGAAACUGACUCCAGGGUUUAGUGAGCCAAGCUGAAGGCAGAAAGCCAAUGAGUUUUAUGAGCAGCCGACUUGGAGGAGAUAAAUGCAGAGGAAAUGGGCAGAGAAAUAUCAGAAACAAGAAUUUGUUUCCUGAGUAUAUCGUGGCUCACCAAGUAUCACAGUCUUGGAGGGAAAAAUAGAGAUGAUUGGGAAGGAAGAAUGAUAAUUUAUAACCAUGGGACUAAAAGUGCUCCUGCUCCAGAUGAUGGAAAUAAAAAAUGGGAAGCAUGCAGGCUGUGGUGGACCAGAGAGCAGCCGUGGGGCAGGCAGGGUCUUGCGCUGAAAAUGUCCACCUCUUAAAAUGCUGCCAGCUUUCCCAGUGCUUAAAAUCCCUUCUUCCCCACUUUUUGUGCCCUUGUGUUAUGGUUCCUUCAUGCCCAGUUGAGGAGUCUUCUCUUCCUGCCACCACAUCACGUCCUGGAGUGGAAGCACACCCUGCUAGACAUCAGACAGUUUGUCACUUCUGGCCUGUUCUCCCAUGGCCCCCACAUACCAACCUGAUUUAACCCUAAUUUAGAAACAUCAAAACCCAGAGGAAUUCCAUAACAAAACACUUUGUUAAAAGAGUAAAGCUUGAGUGCUUGGUUUUAGCAGGGUCCAGCAAAUACUCAUAAAACAAUAUUACACUUUCUAUAUAAACAUUCUGCGCCUUAAAAAAAAAGUGAAAAGUCUGGAAACAAAGGAAUUCAGCCACUUUUCAACCGCCAUAACAUCUUUCAUCACUCACUAUCACUCCAGCCAACUUAAACUUUGCCAAAAUAUAUGCCAAUCUCAAAAUAAUAAAUUACUAGCAGUUUAUAACAUCUAAACUCUCUAUUUCCUAGUCAGAGGUCUGUUUUCAAUAGACCAUUGCAGACUCAGAUAUUACAGCAAUUCUCACCAAAUAAAAAAAGCAGACUACGCAUGUCAGGUUUUUACCAGCAUGAAAGCUAAAAAUGUAAACAUGCAACUGUUUCAUAUAUUCAUGUCCUCCUUUGAGGCCAGGACUCCUCAAAAUCAGACAGAAUUCCAGGUCUGCUCAGAAAAUGAAUCUUUAUUCUAAUCCACUGCUGACGAUUUUCUAACGUGAAGAGUUUUGCCAUGUGGUUAAUGGCCAGUAUUGUGACCAGCACCAAGGGAGAGCACAGACCCUGAGUGUGUGGGGCUUCCUUUUGGCUCUGCUUGCUCAGGCUGGCAGAGCUGUUCCCUUGCCAAGCAGGGAAGGGACAGCUCUUUGCCUCUCCUGCCUGUCAGCUGUCAUGUCUGUUUGAACACAGGUUCUCAGCAGAAAAACUGCCCUCCACUGUGUGUUUGUACAGCACCUAUUGCCAAUGCAAUAACUGGAAUAAAGGUAAAAGAAAGCAGACAUGGCAGUAAUCUUUGAUACAGAUCACAAUAAUUGGGAAGGAGAAGCUGUUUUCAUAAAUGAAAAAAUUGGUUUGUGCUAGUUAGGUUAGGUGCCAGAGGGAGUAGAACGAAUCCUACCAUGUGGCUUAUUUGACUCUGAGAUAUUUUUAGGGAAUUGACCUUUUUGACACAGACAACAGAAUGUUAUUUCACCCAAGAGUUUCCUGAUCCCACACAAUCAAUUUUCAACUAGUGAUUUUCACUGACUACAAUAACUUGUUAAAAAAACUCAACUUCUUUUGAGAACCUGGUCACCCACCAUCACUGAGUGUAGUGUCCAGGGCCAUUCAUACGAGCUCUCUCCUCUUCAGCUGGAGUCCUGUAUUCAUAUGUACCUUUUUUUUUUUUUGACUUAGCCUUCAGAAGAGCCAACUUUUAUUGUCUCAUAAACAUGGUAUCAGCAUCAGCAGAACUUGUAUAAUAAUUUUUCUCUGUCUAGAGCUGGCAGAACAAUACAAUCAGCACAAUUUGUGGUCAUGCAAGCUCUCCAGUCUGGCUUAUUCACAGAAUAUGCUACUGAAUGUCUUCCACAGUAUGUAGCUGUAUUAGAGCACAAGGAAAAUAUCAUAACAUAAAGAUGUUUAAAAAAAAAAAAAAGGAAUAAAACUAUGUCCUAAUGUUAUUCAAUCCUGACAGGCAUUAUUAUGAAAAUAAAUCUCUAUCCUCUAUGGACAAACCCCUCAGGCGGUGUUAAUCUGCAUGACUGACGCUUUUCAAUGAAAAGAUAACAAGUGUCCUUAGAAUCUUCUAUGUUUGUGUAAAGCACUGCACAAGUAUCUGUAUACAGGAGAAUUUACAGAAGCUACAGAAGUGGUGGUGUGGCUCUGCAUUUGGAAGGCAAAGAGCUGUAAGGCAACAUGACGCAAGCAAAUUCUGUUUCCUCAUCUGACGCAAGUCCAGACAAGCAUUUUACACCUGUUACAUUUUGUUGUUGUAAGUCUUUGAACCAAUUUUGAAUAGCUCAACCCCAAAGCAGGUGCCAUGCAUGAAGACUGAGUACAAUGGCCAUAACCAGACUUUUGGAGACUCUGCAGAAAGCCUGCCUCAGAAAGGUGACGUGUGUCAAAGGGUCAGUGCCGCAGGGAGUGCAAUGGUCCAGAAGCAUUUGUGUGGGGAUGUCAGUGAUAGCUGACUGCUCUCUGCACCUGCCCCUUCCCUCACCUGUGUCAGUCUGAAGUUUUUAACUGUGCACAUCAGCUGUGGAAAUCUCACCUAUUCCCAUUCUUAGCUCAAACUUCUGAGAUCCCUCUAGUGGUUUGCAAACUGACCCUUCUGGCUAACUCAAUAAACACUGUUGAAGCCAUACAGGGAGAAUUUGGGUACAGCUUUUACACCAGGAAGUAAAUAAUGAUGCAGUAACCUCAUUGUAAGAAUCAAGAAGUGAAGGGAUCUGUAGGAAACACUACAGCCAUUACUAAUUCCUGAAAUAUUCAGUCUCUUCCAAUUCCCUUUCCCAUACCCCUGAGGUUACUCAUUUUCCCUUUCAGGUUUGUCCUGGACAAAUGAUUUCAUCAUGCUCAUGCACUGCAAGCACAUGCUGAGCAAACUCCACUUCUUCUCUGGUGCUUAACAUUGCUUUUUGGAGAUCAGUUGUAGGCUAUUUGUGUUUUCUAGGGCCUGACUGACCCCAAUUGCUCUUCUCAUACCCAGGGAAGAUCCAUUAUUUUCCCACCACGUUAUUCUGUAGCCACCACCUGUUCAAGCUUUUCAUGUGUUUCACUGGAGAUGCAGACACUGCCAUGUUCUAAGCACUCUUACAGCAAAGUGUUAGCUGGGAAUGGCUGAAGGGAUUGCCCAGCCCGCUGGUAGAGCCUGGUUUUAUGAACAGGAUUUUUAAAACCCCUCAACUCCUCAGUUUUGAAGGUGAAAGAUGCUAAGUACAGAUUUUCUCUGGAAAUUGCAUCUGUUAUUGUGUUGGCUUGAUAGUCUCAAGGCAUUUUAAGAAGUCUGAUAAGGACAUGCUUAUGCAAUAUAGCCUUGGGCUUUACAAACCUUGGAUGAGGUUUUUCCAAUUUGCAGACAGAGUGUGUGGCCCAAGUCAGAGAGAGUUCAAUGUGAUCAACACUGCACUGAAGUCUGUGAUCACUAAACACCUCACCUCAGGUCUGGAUUUAGCCCAGUUUUAUUUUAAGUCUCAAAUCUCAGUUGUAUAAAGGUAAGCAGAUAUGUAUUAUUUUUAGAAUAGAGCUGAAAGCUUCUUUCUUUUGAAUAAAUAGCAGCAUGAUUGCAGUAUCUCUUUCUUUGUGGGUGCUAUCUUUGGGUUCUUUGCCAUUUCCUGAGAUAACCUUCAACAUUUCAAAUUUUCUUCUGGCAUUUCAAGACAUUCAUUGAUGCAUUUCCAUGAAUGAUUCCUCACUCCUGCUCUUCAAAGGCCAGCCCAGGCACUAGAUUCUGUUUUGUUAAAACAUGAAGCUACACCCAAGCCUCUGCAUAGUCACAUUAUUGACAGGAAUUGUUUGUCUCUGUAACCUAUGACUGAUUAUGUUGACUUCCUUGAGACUCUGCAGUUCUGUAUGCAUGUGUUUGUCCAGACUGGGACCUUAGUCUGGAGAUUGCUCAUCAGCAACUUUCUGCACGUGUUCUCCAACCAACAUGUGAAACCAUAGCUCCAAAGGUUAGUUUUCAACAAAAAUCUUCAAAGCAUGGUGUUUCUUGGCUGCCUACACAUAAUGCAAACAC